AUGCCUGUCGCCGACAUCAUGCGCGCUUAUCAACUCGGCUCGGCGGCGGCAUGUGUCCCUUCAUCCGCCAGGACCGCCAGACAGGAGGAUCAUCCUCAUCCUGUCGGAUACCAGUCACACCGAAGAACACAGGGCUCCACUGCUACUGUGUGUAGUCAUGAUGCGAUAGGUUCUUUCUCAGCCGAUGUCUUAGCCUUCGUUUUACGUCGCAUAAUGUUCUGCUCACCAUGUUCUACCGAUUUGCCGUGUUUUUGUGCCACUUCAUUCUCGAUGGCGUUGGAUUCGGCCGUCCGGCCUUCCACCCAUCCAAAGGACGAGCGCCAAUUGGCCUCACCCUCUAAAUAUGGUGGCCGCAUGGCGAAGUCCACCCCGUGCGGUUACUCUCACGUUCCUUACGAGCCAUGGUCAAUGACGGGCACGCUGCGAACUUUCUUCUACAAGCCUGACGGAGAUUAG